AUGGCCGUGGGAAGUGCUUAUCAUUCUUCCAUUUACUCUUCCGAUCAAGAAUAUUUCAAAGAUCUUGCAAUCGCGUACAUCGCUGAGUUUCGUAUUCUUUAUGAUGCAGGAUUGCGCUCCAUCCAGAUUGAUGAUCCAUGCCUAUUAUUUUUUGUUACCGAUGAAUUCCGAUCCGGUUGCGAGAUGGACGGUGUUGAUCCUGACGAAUUGAUUGACCAAUAUAUCUCGGCACAUAAUCAAUGCCUUGUAGGGAAGCCGGCAGACCUACAUGUUGGGCUGCAUCUUUGCCGUGGUAAUAUGGCUGGCUCAACUCAUAUUAUGACAGGAUCCUACGAGCGAAUCGCUAAAAAGAUGUUUAGUGAAUUAAAUUAUGAUACAUACUAUCUUGAGUACGAUACCGCCAGAGCAGGUGAUUUUGAGCCACUCCGUCAUUUACCGAUUGGUAAAAAUAUUAUCCUUGGAGUCGUCUCCACAAAAUCACCGGAAAUGGAAGAUAUAGAUGAGCUUGUGAAUCGAGUAUAUUCUGCCGCCGAGGUAAUUGCUCGCGGGCAGGGGCGAACUGUAAGCGAGGUCGUUGAGUCGUCCCUUGGAGUCAGUCCUCAAUGUGGUUUUGCAAGCAUGAGUUUAGGUGGGGGUCGUGGCAUGACGAUGGAUGUUAUGUGGGAGAAGCUCUUACUAGUCAAGAAUCUUGCCGCGCGAAUCUGGGACUGA